AUGCCCCCCAUCCCCCAACCCUCCGACUUCCCCCCGUCCCUAAUCCUCACAAUAACACCCCCACCAACCUCACGAUCCACAAACAUCCUUCUCCUCCUCCACGGGCUAGGCGACACAAUCGCCUCCUUUACCUCCUUCGCAUCCGCCCUCCACCUCCCCGAAACAACCUGCAUCGCCCUGCAAGCGCCCACGCCCCUCCCCUUCGAGCUCCCCGGCUACCAUUGGGGCGACGACAUCCUCUUGGAUCCAGAUGCUCUCGACGCAGAUCCGGGCUUCUCGCGCGCCACGGAUAAGAUCGUCCGGCAGCUGAUAUUGCCGGUCCUGGUGCGGAAGCUUGGGUAUCGCGGGAGGGCGAUUUUUAUACUGGGAUAUGCGCAGGGGGCUAGUAUGGGGUUGAGUGUUGGGCUGGAGGUUGGUAGGGGUGCGUUGAUGGAUGAUGCGGAUGGGAAGAACGGGAACGGGGAGAAGGAGCUGGGCGGAAUUGUGGCGAUAGGAGGGGUUUUGCCGCUUUCGGCUAUUAAAGAGGAUGGGGCGGGGAAGGCGGGGACGCCCGUCUUGUUGGUUGGGGGUCAGGGCCCUGGGAGUGCGCUUUCGGAUGCGGGGAUAGGUAGGACGAAGGGGAAUUUUGGGAAUGUGGAGGUGGUGAGGUGGAGGGGGAGGAGGGGGGAUGGGAUGCCGAGCAAUCGGGAGGAAAUGUUUCCUAUUAUGCGGUUUCUCCGCGAGUAG